UCCCUUGUCUUUGCGUGUACAGUUGUCAACAAGGCGGAAGGAGAUUUACGCAGUUAUCUGAGAGCUACACUUAACUGAAAGCGCUUGCUAACGUCAAAGCUACAGAAUCAAAUCUAACUUACAUUUUUACUGUUCAUCAUGGCAACAGAGAAAUAUCCCAGAUCUUCAAUUGAAGAUGAUUUUAACUAUGGCACUAACGUCGCGACGGCAAGUGUGCAGAUUCGUAUGGAUUUUCUGCGCAAGGUCUACACCAUACUGUCACUGCAGAUUAUCCUGACAACGGCCACAUCUGCCCUGUUCAUGUUCUGCGACACUGUAAAGGACUUCGUUCACUCGAGCCCUGCCCUGGUGUUGGUGUCGGCGGUCGGCUCGCUGGGUCUGAUCUUUGCGUUGGCCAUUUACCGCCAUCAGCAUCCAGUCAACCUCUACCUGCUGCUGGCCUUCACUCUGGUGGAGGCAAUCUCUGUUGCUACAGCUGUGACGUUCUAUGAGUACUCCGUGGUGCUGCAGGCUUUCGGCCUGACGGCUGCAGUGUUCCUGGGCCUGACCGCCUACACCUUCCAGUCUAAGAGGGACUUCAGCAAGCUGGGAGCCGGACUGUUUGCCUGCCUGUGGAUUCUCAUCAUUGCAAGCUUCAUGGGUCUGUUCUUCCACAAUGACACAAUGGAGCUGGUCUUCGCCGGCUCUGGGGCCUUGCUGUUCUGUGGUUUCAUCAUCUACGACACCCACCUGCUGAUGCACCAGCUCUCCCCCGAGGAGCACAUCCUGGCCUCCAUUAACCUCUACCUGGACAUCGUCAACCUCUUCCUGUACGUCCUCAGGAUCCUGGAGGCCAUGAAGAAGAACUGAGUCGCGACACCGCCCUCUGCUGGUCGCGCGCGGGACCACGCCUGCGUCAAAUGUGUGCCCGAAAUGCUUUUGAAAUCCUUUCGUUUCUGGGAAUAAUUGCGAUUCGAGGAAACGCAGCUGUUCGAAAGAAGGGUUCUAUUCUGAGUGAAAGUAGAUGCUUAUUUUAGUCAUGUCUGUGAUUUGCAGUGAUUGUACUACGGUGUGAAGGUUUUAGAAGUAUUUCAAAUGAUUAUUUGACCCAGAUGCAGAUUGGAUGUCAACUGAAUAUUUAAUUUUCAGGAGGUAGAGCUUUGCUGCACCUUUAUCUUAUUGUGAAAGUAAUCUUUAUUUUUCCUAAAUCCGCUUGAAUCUGAUCUGUAUAUCACCCCUGUUGUGAUUCCCAAUGUGAGAUGUUAAUAUGCUGAUGAUAAAUGUUUCAUUGUUGAGGGUGGAAAAAAAAAAAUCUGUAAAUACUUUUUCAAGAGAAUGUUUUUAUCUUUUUCCUGAUGAUAAUUAUUAGAAGUCCUCAAUAUGCUGGGUAGACGGAUAGUUGGAUAGAUUGUAUUUACUUAAACCUUUUUAAAUGGACACUUUCUAAGUCUGCAAAUAUACUGGAGAAGAUAGAUCGUAUCGAAGUGAGAGGCCUGGAGGCUGUUGCUCUCUGAGCUCUUCAGCAGGCCCUGGCCAAUUAUCGUUUUUGUACGUUUCCAUUUCUGGAUUGUGCCAGGAACUUGUCUAAGUACAGGGGUCCAAAGUGUGUGCGUGCGCGUGCGUGCGUGUGUGUGUGUGUGUACACGAUUACGCAAGGCAGAACGCAGUAAAAAAAAAAACAAGCUAUAUUCUAAAGCGGAGGAUGAAAACGCGUUCUGACUGAGGAGUUCUGGGACCCGGUAUAAGUGAUUAUGGAGGAGGGGGGCAUGUUUUGCUCCGCAUAGUGACUGUGUCGGAAAGGGAUGAAUUGUCAUUGAGGGGUGUUUGCCUGUUUUUAAGAAUUACUUUAUCAAGACCGCAAGUGCAAUAUUAACUGAAAUGUCCGAAAUAGUGUAGUUGCACGUAUAUGUGGGGAGAACCCUGUCCAGUAUGUAAGUGCAGUGUUAAUGUUUGUAACUAACCCCUUCCCCCCUUCCCGCACAGUUUACGUGUGGGGGAAAAGACGGGGAAGUCUAUGUAUCACUGUGGAAUCUAAAACAAAAAUAAAACGUAUUAAUUGAAAUGUAGGAAA